UGUAAGGCAGGAAGAAACCAGAAGAGAAUCCAGAAUAUGGUAGUUGAGAUGGGCAUGUCAGAGGAUGCUCUAGCUAUGGGCAACACUAAUAUCUUGACAGGGUCCUGAGAAGAGGUAGCUCUGCUCAGUUGAGUGAGGACAGCUGAGGUAAGAAGAGCUGGAGGCGAGCAGCUUUAGGCCUCAAGAGUUGGGUGAUGUUGAAGCCAUCAGCAACUAUGACACUGGAGAGAGGAAGAGAGAAGGCGGAAACUCAACUCUCCAAAGAAAAGGAAAAAUGAGCCAGAAUUCUGUUGAUACCAACAACAGGAGGCAGGCCAUGUGACAUGUGACCUGGAGCCAUGAAGCGUGGAGAAGUCUGGAAACAGAAGCAAAGAACAAAGAAAGGGCUUUUCUUACUUUCAGGCCUGAGGUGCACCACAGGGAGCCAGCGGCACUGUGGAGAACCCAGCCCUGGACACUAGUCUGCUCGAAGAAUUCUUGGGCAAUGACUUUGAUUUAGGAGCUUUGCAACGGCAGCUUCCUGAUACCCCGCCCUACUCUACCUCGGACCCAGGCUCUCCUCCACAGGUCAAAGGCGCGUGCUGCCGGAUCCCGAGGCCUACAGCAGGGAGGACCCCAGCUACCUUCGUCCCCUCCACCACCGCACCCCAGCUGAUGCCCGAGUACCCGCUACAGGGCAUGUCCGGCCAAACCCAUCGCAGCUUUCACAACGGCUACCCGGAGUCCAGUCGCCCCACCACCUCUCGUCACCAAACUGGGCCCUCCAGGCUGGCGACGAGUUGCUCUUACCAUCAGCAACCUUUGUGCCACGUUCCUGGAGCCUCGCUGCCUCCGACAAAGAAGAGAAAGCACACACAGAUUCGCGAGGACCCUGGGGACUGCUGCUCCUGGGCCCACCAGCACCCGCAGAUCCGAGAGGAUGCUGGAGACUAUGCGUGGGCGCACCACUUCAGACCAAUGACAAGUAGGAGUCAGGGCCUUGACGUGCAGGACCACGACCGAGAGGGACAUAAUGGGAUGCCUGUGGACCAGUGCUCUCCUGCUCUGAAGUGGCAGCCGUACCAAAGUGUUCCUUGGCAUAGCUUAUUAAACAGUCACUAUGAAAAACUGCCUGAUGUGGGCUAUCAAGUUGUAACAGACAAAGGCUUCACUUUCUCGCCAGUAGAUGAAGCUUUUGUUUGUCAAAAGAAGAACCAUUUCCAGAUAACCGUUCACAUCCAAGUCUGGGGAAGUCCGAAGUUUGUUAAAACCCAAAUGGGCCUAAAGCCAAUAGAAACAUUUUACUUGAAAGCUUUUGGAAUUAAGGUAGAAGCCGUCAACCAAGUGAUUGCUAUCGAGCAGUCCCAAGCAGAUAGAAGCAAAAGGACUUUCGAUCCUGUCAAAAUUGACCUCCUGACUGACCAGGUUACCAAGGUAACGCUGGGCCGGCUCCACUUCAGCGAAACCACCGCAAACAACAUGAGAAAGAAGGGGAAGCCAAAUCCUGACCAGAGAUACUUCAUGCUGGUGGUUGGAUUGUACGCUGCGAACCAAGACCAGUUCUACCUGUUGGCCGCCCACAUCUCUGAAAGGAUCAUUGUACGGGCCUCUAACCCCGGGCAGUUUGAGAAUGACAGUGAUGCUCUGUGGCAGCGGGGACAAGUUCCAGAGUCUGUCACCUGUCAUGGUCGAGUAGGAAUAAACACAGACGCACCUGAUGAAGCCCUGGUCGUCUGCGGCAACAUGAAAGUGAUGGGGACGAUCAUGCAUCCCUCCGACAGCCGGGUGAAGGAGAAUAUCCAGGAGGUUGACACAAAUGAACAGCUGAGAAGAAUAGCCCAAAUGAGGAUUGUUGAAUACGACUACAAACCCGAAUUUGCAUCUACCAUGGGGAUAAACACUGCCCAUCAAACAGGAAUGAUUGCCCAAGAGGUGCAAGAGAUCCUGCCCAGAGCCGUAAGAGAUGUUGGGGGUGUCACCUGUGGAAAUGGGGAGACGAUGGAGAACUUCCUCAUGGUGGAUAAGGACCAGAUCUUCAUGGAGAACGUGGGGGCUGUGAAGCAGCUCUGCAAACUAACCAACAACCUGGAAGAAAGAAUAGAGGAGUUGGAAACGUGGAACCGGAAGCUGGCCAGGCUAAAACGCCUCAGCCGCAGCUGGAAGUCCUCAGUCAGCGAAGCCAGCUCCAUCAGCAAAUUUAGCAGAGCUGUGAGUUCAUCUUCACCGAGAAGGGCCAUUUCCAAAAAGCCCACCAAGGUCUCUUUGUCAGGAAGGAGACCAUCAUGUCCUAACUGGGUUUUCCAGACAUUGGUUAUAGCGCUGAUUGCUGUGAUGACAUUUUGUGCCUUGACAAUAGUCGCCCUGUACAUACUUAGCCUGAAGGAUCAAGACCGGCGCACCCCGAAUCUCCCUCUGAGCAACAUGACAAGCGGUCCGGAGCCAGCUCUGCCAUCCACAGCUCCCACUUCAGGUCCUCACACAACCCUGGCGAUGACCACAGAGACCUUCCCUCAAGUACCUGAGAUCACUUUCUGUGAGAUCCUGCCUUGUCAGGAAAGUCACUGCUGCCCUCUGUGGGGACCGAGAAUAUUAUUGUCAAGUCCUACACAAAGACAGUUGGAGGCAGAGAGAGAAAUCCGUCACAGACCAUGGGCAGAAGAUAGGAGCAAAUCAUUCCUGACAAGAAAUGCGCUUAUCAGUCCUGACUGGGAGAGUGACUGGAUUGAUACAACCAUCACUUCUAUUCAGAUUAUGGAAAUCCAGCAAGUGAUAGACCGUCGCUAUUGCAGCCGGAUGCUUCACUGCGGGCCUGGAAAUUAUAAUUAUAAUAUCCCUGUUAAUAAGAACACACCUACCAACGUCAAAUUCUCUCUGGAAAUCAACACAACAGAGCCGCUGAUAAUCUUCCAGUGCAAAUACUCCCUUGGGAAUAUAUGUUUCCACAGUCAACGGGAAAGAACCCAAAACCACAGAGAAGAUGCUCAGAUGACACAGGGAUAUCAGCACAUUUGGAGCCUCCCCGUGGCCCCGUUCUCUGACAGCGCAUAUCAUUUCCGAGUAGCCGCACCAGAUUUAGCAGACUGUUCGACGGAUCCUUUUUUUGCUGGGAUUUUCUUCACAGAUUAUUUCUUUUAUUUCUAUCGGCGUUGUAACUAAUUUAUUCAAGUUUGAGGACUUUACCAAAGAAAAGCACUCAGGAAUACAGUUAGCAGAAACUGGUGUUUCCUCCCCCAACCUCUUUUACCUUUCUGUAAAGCACUCAUAUUUUGCUGAAGGACCCUUUCAGGUUUGGCUUCCAACAGUUUGAGGAGAAUAAAGUGUUUGCUGGAGCUUGAGAAAA